UGGUUUCUUUUGAUAUUUAAGAAACCAUUUUUGAAGUGUUUAAACUAAUAUUUUAAAUACAAACAAUACCCUGAUAAGUUAUGGGUGGGGGAGUGGUAUUUUUAAUCGUCGUGCCGACUUUAAACUUUGAACGUGAGCUUGUGUAUGGCAAGCAAUUAAAUACUAAUCAAGAGGUUAUUCUACCAUCUAUACCGACAGUGACCACUGGUGCCGGAAAUGCAACCCGACUACCAUCGAAUGCAGAUACAUCCGGCAACAAUUUAAACAUCAAUCUUCCCGACACUAAUGCUGUGCUUCGUCUUGAGGUCGAACUACGUGAUAAGAAUGCACCGAAGAAUCGUAGGGGUGGACGUGGUGGUGGGCGUGGUGGUGGUGGUGGUGUUGGACGGGGUGGCGGCGGCGGCGGCGUUGGUCAGAAUAGAGGCAAACUAAAUUCAAAUGACGACAAGGAUAACCUUAUGGUGCCAAUGGAAAAGGUUCUAGAAGAAUUACUCACAAAACUUGAAAUCGAACAUGUGACAUGGUCAACUGGGAAAAAAGGAUACUACUACCAUGUUGUAUUUCCGCUUCAAUCUGGUGAACCAUGUGAAACGACAUUACAUUGUCUGACGGAACUAGGCAUUGGCACGAAAUUGAAUUCCAGCGUAAGCGUUUUGCCUUGCAGUGUUAGCUACGAUGCUAUAUCGAAUCCUGCAUACAACAAUGAAGAAUACAGCUUGGACGACAGCGAAGAUUUUUCAAAGUGGAAUAAUUUUGUUGAUUCAAUAAAAUCUAAAUUAACCGUAAAGCAAGUCGUUGAUGGUGUACGUGCUGGGGGUUGUUUAACAUUUGACUACCUCUUGUUAAUUGUUACAGCUGAUUCGUUGGCAGCUCUUGGUCUUAUAGAAAAUAAUGCUUCGAAUAUUGUGGCUGCUAUGUUAGUUUCGCCACUAAUGGGACCGGUUAUGUCGAUAACUUUUGGAACUAUUAUAUCAGAUAGAGAAUUGAUAAAAGUCGGAUUCAUUUCACUGAGUUUGGGAAUGUUCAUUUCGUGUGUAUUUGGAUUUAUUUUCGGCCUGAUUGUUGGUACAACCGAACAGCCUUGGGGAUCAGGCGAUUGGCCGACGGAAGAAAUGCGUGGCAGAGGCAAUGUACGUUCACUGUGGAUGGCCCUACCGUGGGCGCUUACAUCGGGUACAGGUGUUGCUGUUGCCUUAUUACAAGGAUCAACUGGACCGUUAAUUGGUGUUGCUAUAUCAGCAUCCUUGCUGCCGCCAGUGGUUAAUUGUGGUCUGUUUUGGGCAUUGGCAUGUAUAUGGUUGAUCUAUCCAGAUAUUAAGCUUCCACAUUUACAAGGCGAACCAUUCACAGGAAAUUCAUCAUAUCCAUUUCUCUACACCGACUAUUUGCCAACGGAAUUUCUUGUUAACGGCAUUGUAUCGGGUCUUUUGACAGUUAUAAACAUAAUUUGUAUUUUUAUAACUGCUAUUAUUAUACUCAAAAUCAAGGAAGUUUCAGCACCAUACACAGCUAGUCCGGAUCUUAAACGAUUCUGGGAAACUGAUCUUCGCACGGUACGAAAGACUAACCGGUCAACUAUAAGAAAUAGGAAAAACACUUUCCGGGAUAAGUUGUUGCACCACGAUGCUAUCCAAGAACCAAGAAGUAAGAAAUUGGACACUGUUCUCGAACAAGCAAUCAAAGAAGCCUCUGAUGAUGUUACAUUUAAGAAGGUCAAACGAAUGAGUUAUUCAAAUAAUGCUGCUGGUGAGUUGACACAACGAUUAGCCCAAGCAGCUGGCUUGAACAGCAAUCAAUCCAACAUCAACAAUUCGACAACAGCCGAUACCAUGGAUUCCGUGCGCAAUUCAAAAUUAAACGUUGACCUUCAGGCUUUGGAUAAAUUGGUGUCCUCUUUGUUGGAGCAUCACCAGCAACAACAAUCGCAACCCGGUAGUGGAGGUGGAGGCUUAUCCACAGGAGCAUCAAUGAAAUUGAAUCGUCGACGUCCAAUGUCACGUUCGGCCAAUCAUUUUAUGUACAGCCCUUCAACAAUGGCAACCAAUGAGUUUGGCGGCGGUGGAAAUAAUUUAAGCCUCGCAGCAAUUAACAACAAUACCGUUGGCGCUGGUGGCACCGAGGCAGGGAACACCACCACUAACAGCAGUAACAGAAACUCCAGUGCCAUUCAACACACUGCAUUGAUGCCAACUAUUUUGGAACAAAAUCGAAAUCCUGUAGGCACUUCGCGGUCAUUGGAUCGAUCUGCUGCGACAGCUGGUGUCCGGAAUGUCCUAAAUAGCAUUGCGAAUGCACCGCAUCGACUUAGCCAAAGCCUCAGUUCCAAUCACGACGAGGACAACGUCAGUUUGACCAGAAACAUUCUUGAUUAGAAAACCCCUAUAAUGUUUUCAACAUUUUAACAUAAUCAAUUGAGUAUUUGUGUUCUCAUAGCACAUAAUGUACACUAUACAUAUAUAUGUUUUUAUGUAUGUAUGCAGAAUAAAAUAAGUACGGUCGCGUACCGCAGCA